AAGGUGCCGCGGCGGCGGGAGGCGGCGGCGGCCCGCAGGAUGGGCGGCGGAGUCGGCUUCUUCGAGGUGGAAAUCCUUGACUGGAAGACAAAGAAACAGCUAUGCUUCCUAGAUAAGGUGGAACCAAAUGCCACCAUUAGGGAGAUCAGACUGAUGUUCCACAAAUUCUAUCCUCAGUGGUAUCCAGCAAGGCAGUCAAUAAAACUUGAUCCAAAAGGAAAGUCUCUGAAGGAUGAGGAAAUCCUGCAGCACCUCCCUGUUGGCACAACUGCUACCUUAUAUUUUAAAGAUUUAGGGCCACAGAUAGGCUGGACUAUGGUGUUUUUGAUAGAAUAUACAGGUCCAUUGUUCAUCUAUUUUCUGUUUUAUUUCCGCAUGCCUUUUGUCUAUGGACUGGAUGAGAGUUUUACAUCAAGCCCACAUCCAGUAGUUAACUUGGCAUGUAUCUGCCAUUCUUUCCACUACAUCAAAAGGUUGAUUGAAACAGUAUUUGUUCAUCGGUUCUCCCAUGGGACUAUGCCACUGAGGAAUAUUGUGAAGAACUGCUUGUAUUACUGGGGAUUUGCAGCUUGGCUUGCUUAUUACAUCAAUCAUCCUCUUUACACGCCUCCUUCUUAUGGGAAAAAGCAGAUAAAUUUUGCUGUGGUCAUGUUUCUGCUUUGUGAAGCUGGAAACUUUUCCAUUCACGUUGCACUCAGUGACCUCCGGAGAAAAGGAUCCAAAACCCGUAAGAUCCCAUAUCCAACAAAGAAUCCUUUCACAUGGCUGUUUUUCUUUGUAUCUUGCCCUAACUAUACAUAUGAGGUGGGGACCUGGAUCAGUUUCACUAUCAUGACUCAGUGUGUUCCAGUGGGGCUGUUCACCUUUCUUUGCUUCAUUCAGAUGACAAUUUGGGCAAAGGACAAACAUUGCACCUACCUCCGGGAAUUCAAGGAUUAUCCGAGUCUUCGAAUGCCCAUUAUCCCCUUUUUGUUAUAAGAAAGAAGGCUUAGUUUGAACAUUGCACAGAACUGCAAGAAGAAACAGAUGAUAAACCUAUCAAAUAAGUGAAUUAAUUGGAAGGGUUUUGGUGCACACUGAAUCUCCGUUGUUGAGAGAAAAUACAUGCGCUUGAGAACUACCAAAAGCCUCUACAGUUCACUGAUUUGAUUGGCUUAGGUUUUCCUCUGCUAGUGUAUUUAGACUGAUGAUUCGGAGAUGUGGAGAAGUCUGUGCUGAAAAGCAGCUCCAAAUUUAGCAUGGUAUCCUGGAAGACAUAAGUGCAUUGGAACGAGGACAGACCAGCUAACUACUAGAGCUCAGCUCAGCCAGCACAGCCAGCUGACCUGAAGACAUCUGCAUGACCUGCUGCCUUUGACUUGGAGAAGAGUGUGCUGCCUGGUGGCAGGUGCUCUGUAACAAAUAUUACCAAAGAACAUGAAUGGCUUCUGGAAUAAAGAAGUAGGCAAUAUCUCACAUACCUGAUUUGGGUCUAACCACAAGUAUUUGAUUUGGGUCUAACUGCAGAUACCUCAUUUGGAUCUAACCUCAAACACCUGAUUUGGGUCUAACUGCAAGUACCUGGUUUGGGUCUAACCUCAAAUGCCUGAUUUGGGUCUAACAGCAAAUACCUGAUUUGGGUCUAACCUCAAAUGCCUGGUUUGGG